GAGAUCGGACAAAUAAGAAGGCGCAAGGCCAUUAAGACAUUUAAAAACUAAUAAAAGGACCUUAACAUCGAUCCUGAAAGGGACGGGGAGCCAAUGCAGCGACUUUAAAAGUACUCUUUUUGGGAAGACCAGAGAGCAGGGCAUUACAAUAGUCUAAACGAGAAGAGAUAAAAGCAUGCAUUAGCACCUCCAUGCUGGCCUGAGAGAGAAAUGGGCGGACUCUGGCUAUAUUCUUAAGAUGAUAAAAACCUCGCUUUAUGUUUUUAAUAUGUGGGAUAAAAUUCAGCUCAGAGUCAAAAAUAACGCCCAGGUUUUUUACAAAUUCUGCUGGUUUAAAAAUGUGUAAUUUAGGUAAAAGUUUCUCUCUCUGACCUUCAGGACCUAUAACUAAAACCUCAGUUUUGUCCUGGUUGAGCUGUAGGAAGUUUGCUGCCAUCCAUGACUUAAUGUCUAAAAUACACAUUAAAAGAGUAUCAAUUGGCCCUGUGUCAUCAGGAGACACGGCAAUGUACAGCUGUGUAUCAUCAGCAUAGCUAUGGAAACUGAUGCCGUGUCUCCUGAUGACGUCCCCAAGAGGAAGCAUAUAAAGAUUAAAAAGAAUGGGACCUAAAAUUGACCCUUGGGGAACCCCACACCUAAUUUCAUGGGUUCCUGAGGAACACGUAUCCAUACUUACAUAAAAACAUCGGUCUGAAAGAUAAGAGUUGAACCAGUUAAGCACAGUACCAGAGAGGCCAACCAGGUGUCUGAGUCUGUUUAAUAAGAUAUGAUGGUCUACUGUAUCAAAAGCGGCACUUAGAUCCAGUAGAACCAACACUGUUAGUUUUUUAUUAUCUAAAUUCCACCUGAUAUCAUUUAAAAUCUUUAAAAGUGCUGUCUCUGUACUGUGGUUUAUCCUAAAACCAGACUGAUGUUUCUAAAAUGUUAAUUCUGUUUAAAAAGUCAUUGACUUGGUUAAGAACCAGUUUUUCUAAAAUUUUACUUAAAAACGGUAAGUUGGAUACAGGACGAUAGUUAUUAAGAACAUUAGGGUCUAGACUGCUCUUCUUCAGGAGGGGCCUCACCACCGCCGUUUUAAAGGCAGUGGGGAAGACACCUGUCUGAAGAGAGCAGUUCAUUAUGUUUAAAAAUUGUUCCUCAAAGAAUCCAUAAAAUGAUUUUAAGAGUGGUGUGGGAAUAGGAUCUAAAAGGCAGGUUGUUGGGUUUACUUGGGAGAAAACUCGACCAAGUGUCCUCGCAUCAACCAGGGCAAAACUCUCCAGGGUUUCCUCAGGCAAGGACAGCAGAUCAGAUGUGUUAACAGGUAAAACUUGGUGGGAUAAAAGGCUGGAUCUGAUGUCCUUGAUCUUGGUUCUGAAGUGGUCUGCAAAGUUCUCACAAAGAGUGUCUGAUGGUGUCUUAAAAGCUUUAUUAAAAUUAGUGCCUGCUAAAACAUUGAAAGUGGAGAAGAGGAACCGGGGGUUGUUUUUAUGCUCUGUGAUGAGUUGUGAGAAAUGAGAAGUUCUUUCCUGUUUGACUGCAUUAUUGUAGGUUUUGAGUUGUUGACGUAAGAUUUCAUGAUGAACUUUUAGUUUUGAUUUCCUCCAUCUCCUUUCAGCGCUCCUGCAGUUUCUUUUUAAGUGAUUGAUUUUAUCAUUAUUUCUCCAUGGGGGUAUCGGUUUCUUUCUGAUUGUUUUUGUUAAAAGUGGAGCCACUGAGUCCAGAGUUGACGUCAGUCUGUUGUUAAAAUCACAAGGUGCAGGCAGAAUUUCGGCAGGAAACAAUCACAAUCACACACAAGCAAACAAUCACACUUAUGACUAAAAUUGUAUGUAUGUAUUUUGAGAGAUUUUAUUUAUUUAAAUUCUUGCGCCAGGCCGCAGUAUUGAUUUAUAUCUGACGGCUUGUUCUUGCGCCAGACCGCAAUCGUUUCUUGAUAAACGAAAAACAAAUUAAAAACAGUCCGAUGUUUCUGUAAUUGCUGAAUCUGCUCCGAAGUUGUCUGACGGGGAGGCAACAGAGGAGGAACCAGGAAAGAGAAAAUUCAUUCGCUGUCAGAGCAGAAUUCCUGACAGUCAGCGGAGUUAGGGAUCAGCCCAUCCCCUAUAAAAAGAGUAAAAGAGAGACAGUAACUCAGCUCAGCCGGGAGUGGAGAUCUGACAGCAGCUGGGAUAUCCGAGGUGCACACCGGACAGGAGUCGAACCUUUUGCAGAGAUGAUGCUUCUCUUCCUGUUGGUUUUAAGUCUGAGCUUGCAAUGCCAGACUGAUGCUAGGCUGAGCAGGAGCUUCAUGGAAAACAAGGUGGAGACUGCAAAGGCCAGAGUAGACGCGGACUACUUGUACUCCAGACAACUUUCCCUUGAACGAGUGAGAAGGGAUGCUUCCACCCCCUCGGACUUCCUGCGGCUGAUGAAGCAGCCUGAAGGUGUGUCCAGACAGGCCGUGAGGGCAGCGGACUACAUGGACUACACCGUGGAGCUCAUCACCAAGUCUCUGCAACGGCGCCACAAGCGAUCCAUCAACGCCACAGAUCUGCUCUCCGACGAGGACCUGCAGACCAUCGCUGAGCUGACAGGCUGCACUCCACUCCAGCGACCGCCUUCCUGCAACACUAUUCCGAAUUUGAACGUCUUUCGCACUGCAACCAGCGUCUGCAACAAUAGAGUGAACCCUCGCUGGGGAUCAUCCAACAGACCCUUGACCCGCUGGCUCCCUGCUCAGUAUGAGGAUGGCAUCUCUAGGCCCAGAGGUUGGACCCCAAGUGAAAAUAUCAACGGAUUCAUGCUCCCACUGGCCCGGGCAGUGUCCAACCGUAUCGUGGCAGCUAACGAUAUGGUACCGACUGACCCCCUCUACAGCCACAUGGUGACAAUCUUUGGGCAGUGGACUGACCACGACCUGUCCUUCACCCCCCACUCUCCUGUCAUCCGCUCAUUCAACGACGGCAUUGACUGCGAUGACAGCUGUGAAAACACAGAGCCCUGCUUCCCCAUCCAGAUUCCCAGUUUUGACCCCCGCUUUGGCAGGAACUCAAGUGAGUGCAUACCUUUCUUCAGGUCAGCACCAGCUUGUGGUUCUGGAGAGACAGGCAACAUCUUUGGCAUGAGAAACAUCCGUCAGCAGAUGAACACCCUCACGGCCUACAUGGAUGCAGGUCAGGUCUACGGUGCUGAUGAUGCCAAAGCUCGCUCGCUCCGCAACCUGACGACAGACCAGGGCCUAUUGAGGGUCAACACGAUGUACACAGACAACGGCCGUGAGCUUCUGCCAUUCAGCAGCAUGGACCCCAGAAUAUGUGCCACCCGAGGGCGCAUAACUAACGACAGCGAUGCAGAGGAGGUGCCCUGUUUUUUGGCAGGUGAUUCACGUGUAAAUGAGAACAUUGCGCUGACUUCUGUACACACCCUCAUGCUGCGUGAACACAACAGACUUGUCCGUGCCCUGGCUCAACUCAAUCCUCACUGGAACGGAGAGAGACUGUACCAAGAAGCCCGCAAAAUCAUGGGAGCAUAUUUUCAGGUUAUCACUUACAGAGACUAUUUACGCCUGAUUGUUGGCCCAGACUUCAUUGCCUCGCAGCUGUCCACCUACCCUGGGUAUAACGAGACUGUGGAUUCAAGCAUCUCCAAUGCGUUUGCCACGGCUGCCUUCCGAUUCGCCCACCUCCAGGUUAACGCGUUCAUAUUCCGUCUGAAUGAGACAUACCAGGAGCACCCUGAAUUCCCCCAUGUGAUGCUGCACAGAGCUUUCCGAGCACCAUGGAGGGUCACCUUUGAAGGUGGUUUGGACCCAAUCCUGAGAGGGCUGGUAGGCGCGAGGGCCAAGCUGAACACUCAAGAUCAGAUGAUGAGUGAUGAGCUGAGGGAAAGGCUGUUUGAGUUCAACAAUCAUGUGGCACUGGAUCUGGCAUCACUGAACUUGCAGAGAGGGCGAGACCAUGCACUUCCUGGCUACAAUGAAUGGCGCAAGUUCUGUGGACUGUCACAACCACAAAAUCUGUCACAGUUGGCAGAAGUGCUGAACAACACAGACCUGGCCACGAGGCUGCUGGAUCUCUAUGGCACAACCGACAACAUUGAUCUGUGGCUGGGAGGUGUGUCUGAGCCGUUUGUCAGAGGAGGAAGAGUUGGACCCCUGUUCGCCUGUCUCAUUUCAACACAGUUCCAAAAGAUCCGUGAGGGAGACCGAUUCUGGUGGGAGAAUGACGGUGUCUUCACUGAGGCUCAGAGGGAGUCCCUGGCAGAAACAUCACUUGCCAGGAUCAUCUGUGACAACACCGGCAUCACUGAAGUACCUGAGAGACCUCUGCUGUUCCGACCUCGAGGCAGUGGUUACACUCAGUGCAUGGACAUCCCAGCCUUUGACCUGAGUCCAUGGCAGGAGAACAAUACCUCACCUGGAUCCCCUGGAAGCCAAGAUACCUCACCUGGAUCCCCUGGAAGCCAAGAUACCUCACCUGGAUCCCCUGGAAGCCAAGGCCCUCCUGGACCCAGAGGACCUACAGGACCCAUAGGACCACCUGGCCCCAGAGGACCUCCCGGCCCCCCUGGACCUUCUUCCAGCACGCACAAAGUGGCCUUCUCUAUGCGACUGAUAAACAACUACCCCAAAUCUGGUCAACCCAUUGUCUUCACCCAGGAAGCCUUCAAUGAACAGAAGUCCUACAACAAUAAAACUGGGUAUUUUAUCUGUGAGUACCCAGGUGUUUAUGAGUUUACAUUCUACUGUAGGAUCAGCCAAUAUGGCGCUAAAUUGGAUCUGAUGCUUAACAAUACCCGGGUUGUGCAUUCGUAUACCACCCGGCAAAGAGGUUUCCUCACAGCCAGUGGAGGCAUCAUCCUUAAGCUUGCGAAGGGAGACAAAGUCUGGCUGGUGGCUCACCAUAGAGGUAACGGUCUUCUCAAAGACAGUGUUUUCAAUGGGCAUCUUCUCUUUGAAUAGAGCUGCUCUGCCUGCUGCCCCACAACACUCAAAACCCUGCAAGAAAUCAGUAGUUUUGUCCACUUCAUUCUAUUUAUCACAACUCUUAGAUGCUUCCAACCCUUCUUUUGUAGUUUGCUACUGUCAGAAGCCCAUAGAUUGAGAGUUACCUCACUCCAAAGCAACAUCUGUCUUAAAAUGGAAUUCUACUUUUGCUGUGAACCUUGCUGAAAAAAAGCACAAUAUUGUAUACCAUAUGACUUUGCUUUACUGUUUUAAAGCUUUGUAUUGAAUGAAGGCACACACAUAAUUGCACAAAUGUACAAGAAACGGGAAGGAUAACUGAUUAUACAUAUUUAAUGAAGUACAAAAAACAAUGUGAACAUUUAAAAAAAUAAUUUGGUAUAUUUUCUUUUGAAUUAAUCAUUUUAUUGUAUUUUGCACACUUUUACAAAUGGUUGCUUUACAGCUUUUGUUUGACAAAUGAAUGUAAAUCAUCAGGUAAGCCUUGCAUAAGAAGAAAUUGAGUUAGAGCUACAACUUUAAACUGAUUCUUUUUGAUCAAACUUUUGUUUGAGUGUAUAAUUUUAAGUCCUUUUAAGUUUGAAAGUAAUACAUACAUGUUGCAUAUUAAUCUCUGACUGUGGAUUAUGGUACAGAACUCUGUUUUAGGAGAUAAAGCCAUUUGUUUGGCAACUUAGAAAACCCUCAGCUGUCAGUGCGUUCCUAACCAGACCAGUAGAUGGCACUGAUAUACCAGUUUUUAAGGGAGGAAAGGCAGACACAAGAACAACCACCUUUGGAUUAAUUUCAGUCACUGCACUACACACAGGACAUAAUACUUGCUGUUCAGUUAAAGUGUUGAUUUUUAAUUAAUUCCAUGCAAAAAAUGUGAUAAAAUAAAAUUGAUUGAACCCUUA